AUGGAAUACUCACAAGAUCAAGAGAAGUUAGCAUUGGAUAUAUUAUCAAAGGAUAAACAUGCAUUCUAUGAAAUCCUAAAAGUAGAAAGAACAUCCACAGAAAAUGAAAUUAAAAAAGCAUAUAGAAAAUUAGCCAUACGAUUACAUCCAGAUAAAAAUCCUCAUCCAAAGGCUAGUGAAGCUUUCAAAAUUAUUAAUAGAGCAUUUGAAGUACUAAGUGAUAAUGAAAAAAGGAGGAUAUUCGAUCAACUAGGUAGAGAUCCUGAUGAUAGAAACGCAGCUGCCUCUGCAGGAAGUGGGUUUGCUAGGGCUAGUGGUACAACGAAUAUGGGUGGAUUUGAAGAUAUAUUUUUCGGAAAUCGUCGUCAUCAUCAUCAUCCUGCUGCGGCUACAGGAUUUAAUCAACCUGAAGAUAUAUUUGAUUUCUUAUUCAACAUGAACGGCGGAGGUAACCCCUUCAUGAAUGCUCAACAGGGACCUACUUUUACCUUUGGAGGACCAGGAGGGUUUAGGGUAUAUACAAAUGGACAAGGUGGUAGACAUGCAUUCCAAAGACAACAACAACGUCGACAACAAACAGAAGCUCAAAAUAAUCCUGAAGGCGCAGUCAAUCAAGAUAUUAUAAAAAUAAUGCUACCACUAAUCUUAUUCUUCUUAUUACCCGUUAUUGAAAGAUUGCUUUUCGGUUAA